AUGGUGGGCUCUGUUGUUCGCAUCGCCCCCAACUGGGUCGUCUGCGGCGAUGGUACUGAGCUGCGCCGCAUCUGGGCGGUUCGCUCGCCAUGGAAACGGGGCCGUUGGUAUCGGGGCCUACGUAUAGACCCCUACAGGGACAGCACCAUCUCUACCCUAGACGACAAAAUUCACGAGGCCUUGAGGUCGAAGCUUGCGAUCGGCUAUUCAGGGAAGGAUGUUAAUGGUGUACAUGAGCUUAUCAACGAACAAGUUGCCGCCCUUGUUAACUUACUCGAAACUCGUUAUCUCUCCACCGAUACCACAUUCAAGACUGUGGAUCUGGCACGCAAGGUCCAGUUCUUCACUCUCGACGUCAUAUCAUCAUUGGCAUUCGGGGGCAAGUUUGGGUACAUCGAGGCCGACGAUGACAAGUUCCGCUACAUCGAGACAACGGAGAAAACGGUUCCCAUUCUCCUGGCUACGGCGCUGAUGCCUUCACUUCUCGAAUUCGUGCAGUCUCCGCGGCUCAAGUGGCUCAUGCCGGACGCCAGGAACAUGAUUGGUAUUGGGACCGUUAUGAAGAUGGCCCACGAAGCCGUGCAGGAACGCUAUGGCGAGGAACCCGUUGUGAAGCGUGAUAUGUUGGGCUCAUUUGUUGCUCACGGCCUUAAACAGGAAGACGCAGAGGGAGAAGCACUAGUUCAAAUCAUCGCAGGAUCUGACACGUCAGCGACCGCCAUUCGCUCUACGAUGUUGUUCCUGAUCACGAAUCCUCACGUCUACGCCCGCUUGCAGGCCGAAAUCGACACAAGCAUCAGAGAAGGCCGGAUCUCAUCGCCUAUCACAAAUGAGGAAGCAAAGAAGUUUAACUAUCUUCAAGCGGUCAUCAGGGAGGGCUUGCGCUUAUGGCCACCUGCGACUGGUUUGUUGCCCAAGGUCUCGGACCAGGAUGAGGUGGUAUGCGGAGUUCACAUCCCCGCCGGAACGAAUGUUGCAUGGGCACCUUGGACCGUUAUGAGGAGUAAAGAAGUCUUUGGGCAGGAUGCUGAUCUGUUCCGCCCGGAAAGAUGGCUUAAUAUUUCAGCAGAGAGAUGGCGAGCGAUGGACCAGCAAGUCAUGAUGGACUUUGCUGCUGGGAGUCGAUGGGAGUGUUUGGGCAAGAACAUUGCCAUGAUCGAGUUGAACAAGGUCUACGUCGAGAAGAUUUGA